AUGCAAGGGAACGCUGAUGCUGUCGACAAGGCGCUUGGGAUCACAAGGAAGAGCGCGCUUGACUCAAGGCAGUACUGGGUGAAUAGAGCAAGCACAGCCGCACGGAAUGAGAAGGAGAAGGGAAUUGCACUGCAAUACGAGAACGAAGAUGCAUUGAACGAGAGGUCUGAAGGCCUUCUCACGGUGCUUGGUGUGGAGCCACCGGCUCUUCUAGAGAUGGUCAGCCGGGAGCCCGGCAUCCUGCUCAUGUCAGACACAGAGCUUGCAGUGCGCCUGAUGGCCCUGAAGGCAGCCGCGCCGCGUCUCAACAUCCAGGAGCUUGUGAGGAGGAGGCCGCAGAUCCUGAGGAACAAGCAUGGUGUGCGCGCUGUGGAGAGAGCAGUGAGAGAUCUGGAGGCGCUGAUGCCAGCACUACCGGUGCAGGACAGAAUCCUGGACAGAGAUGGUCAGAUGUGGCAGUCAUUCAGGGAGCGGCUGCAAUACUGGGAGAAUCAGAGUCAAAAUGACGAGUCCCUAAACUUAUGA